GCCGCGCGCGCAGGAAGGCUGCUGAUCAUCACAGAGAGCCGUCACGUCACGGAUCCGCAGCGACCGACAGAGAUGCUGAGGUGACAGGCAGAAGGAGAAAAGGGACGAUCACAUUCAGACAUUUUUCACCCUCCGUUUGUUCAUUUUUAGCCACCGACCACGACCGCCUCCGCCUCUCCUCCAUGGACGCUCCGCUCGCGAUGGGAUUCCGCUCGAUGUCGUCUCCGCCGCCUCCAAACGUACAGGAUUUUUUGUAACCACACCCGGCUCUUCAUUGGAUCAAGGUUUGGCAGCACAGACCAAAGCAUUCUCAAUCAAGGCCCAAAUGCCCGUCCCAAUCUGAGGCUGCUGGUCGAGGGGGGAAGUAGUGAGGACAGCGUCCCUGGUCCACAGACGGGAUGAGCGGGGGAGCGGAACAAGCUGACAUCCUAAGCGUGCUCUCCCUGGUCAAGGACCGAUGGAAAGUGGUGAAGAAGAUCGGGGGCGGCGGGUUCGGGGAGAUCUACGAGGCGUUGGACCUGCUGACGCGGGUCAGCGUGGCGCUGAAGGUGGAGUCGGCCCAGCAGCCUAAACAGGUGCUCAAGAUGGAGGUGGCCGUCCUCAAGAAGCUCCAGGGUAAAGACCACGUGUGUCGCUUUGUGGGAUGCGGCCGCAAUGACCGCUUUAACUAUGUGGUGAUGGAGCUUCAGGGCCGUAACCUGGCCGAUCUGAGAAGGAGUAUGACCCGGGGAACCUUCAGCAUCAGCACCACUCUGCGUCUGGGACGCCAGAUCCUGGAGGCCAUAGAGAGCAUCCACUCUGUCGGCUUCCUACAUCGUGACAUCAAACCGUCCAAUUUCGCCAUGGGCCGCUUCCCGAGUACCUGUCGGACCUGCUACAUGCUGGACUUUGGUUUAGCUCGUCAGUUCACCAACUCUUGCCAGGAGGUUCGACCUCCCCGUCCAGUAGCAGGGUUCAGGGGAACAGUCCGCUAUGCAUCUGUCAAUGCACACAAGAAUAAGGAGAUGGGUCGACACGAUGACCUGUGGUCUCUCUUCUACAUGCUGGUGGAGUUUCUGGUCGGUCAGUUGCCGUGGAGGAAGAUCAAGGACAAAGAACACGUGGGGAAGCUGAAGGAUACUUACGACCAUCGUCUGAUGCUCAAACACCUGCCAGCAGAGUUUGGUGUGUUCUUGGAACACAUCUCCAGCCUCGAUUACUUCACUAAGCCCGACUACCAGCUGCUGAUGUCAGUGUUUGACAACAGCAUGAAAACCUACAAUGUCGUGGAAAAUGACCCUUAUGACUGGGAGCGGACCGGCACUGACGGCACUUUGACAAUCAGUGCCAGUGCCACAACACCACAGCAUCACACUCGCCUCACUCCGGCACACUUGGGUAUGGCAAAUGCCUCCCUUAUCCCUGGCGACCUGAUGAGAGAAAACACAGACGAGGUUCUGCAGGACGAGCAGCUCAGCGACGUGGAGAACAAUCCCGCUCCGGAGCGCUUGCCAGGCUCUCCCCUCCACCCACACCGCAACCAGGAGGCUGAUGUCUGGGAGGAGCUGGACCGCAACCGUAACCGCAUCAGGACAGCUGUCUGGAAGGCGGCCACGGAGGAGGAACACAGCAACAACCAGGGCAACCAUGGACACCAGAGCCCCUAUGCUGGGCCAAGCCUGGGUUCUCCAGUCAAACUGCCCUCUGAGGUGGUGCCCUCAGACCGUGAUGGCCCCCUGCUGAGGAAGCUCCGCAACAUUCACAGUUUUGAGCUGGAGAGGAGGCUUGGUCUGGAGUCCAAGCCCAGUCCAGAGCGCUUCUUGGAGGCCUGCUCAGGGAAGCAGCAGCUUGGCACCCAACACCAGGAGAAGGAGGCUGAUGGGGCUGCGAUCAUCCCUGUAACUCAGGGUCAAGCUGUACCUGCUGGGGAGCGUCCUGAUAGGGUCUGGCACUACGAUGAGGAGUUCUUAUCUGGUGGUGGUUCUCCUAAACCAGCGUCCUCUGGAUCUCUGGAGCAAGGAGAGGGGGCAGCCAGCAGCGGGGGCUUUGUGGCCCUCAAUCUGAGCUCUGGGAGGCAGGACGUUGACUCAAGGGAGUGGGUGAUGGUGGAGCGGCCCGGUGGCUCUCCAGGAGCCAAAGCUACCACCAGCCCGUCGGAGGAGGAUGAGGAGCCGGAGGUGCUCCAGCCAGUAGAUCAGUCUCCUGGAUGGGAAAAGGGCAGCCCAAGCCCUAACUCGGGUAAAACCAAACAAGAGAGCACGGCUUCCUCCAAGGGAAGUGUAAAAGUGGACAAGUUGGAGCUUAGCGUGGGCCCUGCUGGGGCUCUGCCCCCCAUCACUCCAACCAGCCCAGCUGAAGCUCUGGCUGAAGGAGUCCUCACUCAGCUCCCCACCUCUCCUCCAUCCCUGCCUGAGGAGGUCGCGAUCCGGACAUCCAGCCCCAUCCCUCUGCGCUCUCCCAGCCCUCACACACUCCUGACCACCCUGUCGGAUCCAUUGCACCUGCGCCAGCCACCGGGCAUGAGGCGCAGCCAGUCGGUCGACCAGCAGCAGCAGGAGCGCCCCUCCUCUUCCUCCUCCUGCCACGCCUCCCUACCACUACCACCAAACCCCGCCCCUGGCACCCGCUCACCCAGUCGCAGGAAACUGCCAGCCAUCCCGGCGGGUGCUGCCAACGCCAAGUUCCCCUCUGUCAUACGCAUCACUCGCGCUCAGCUGCAGCAGUUGACGGCUCAGCGUCCCUCUGGGCUGUCCUCCCAGUCCGGAUCAGACAGUGCUCCACAGUGCCUCCUGCUGGAGAGGCGUGGUGAGGCUGAGACUGAGGCUGAGGCUCAGCAGGUGCAGGAGCACACAGCGGACAUCAGCUCCCCCCAGGACCACGUGCCCACCCAUCCAGGGACGCCCACAGACCCCCUGGCUGAGAUGCUGGUCAAUGGAGACAUCCACAGCAAAGCUCAAAGCCCCGCGUCGAACCGUGUGUCUUCUCCACGCUCCCCCCGUUCUCCACACUCCCCUCCUCUGCGCUCUCCUUCCUCUCCACGCUCUCCUCACUCUCCUCGCUCUCCUCGCAGCCCUGAGUUCGCCAACGGCCACCUCUCCCCUCCUGUGAACAGCCAAAGUAACGGUGCAUUCCCCAAACUGAAAGACGCUGAGAAUGAUUCUGACCUGACUCCCUAUGCCACAGAGCCUCAGAUGGACGGGAACAACGAUGUAAACCACGCCCCAGAUCAGACCAACGGAUCAGCCUCCUCCCCCCUGGCUGCCCCUCGUAGGGACCCCAGCCGGAGGCAUAGCCGCAUCCCCGUCCUGGAGCCCUCCAGCCUGCUGGAGCUCCCUCCUCCAGGCUCUGCUAAGGAGAAACUCCUACAGAAGAAAGCUAAUCACCAGGGCCCGGUCCCCUCCCCCACCGCCUCACCUUCACUCUCUGAUAGGCGCGGCCCCAUGGUGGCCUCCCUUGCCAGAGACCCGCUGUCCUCCACUUCUGACCGCUCUCAGGACGAGGACUCUCUCAUGGGCUCCCGCUCUGACCGCCAGGGAGACGAUGCUCCUUCCCUCUCCUCCUCCUCUAGCCCUCUGUCACGCAAGAGCAGGAUCCCUCGUCCCGUUCACUCAACCUCCUCCGCCGAGCAGCUGGCUGCCCAAUUCCUGCCGCGCCCACCUCCUGGAAAGCCACCUUGUCGCCCUACAGCGGAGGGCAGGCUUAGGCGUUACCGCAUCCGAGCCGGCAGCAACAGUGACUCAGACCUUCUGACAUGCCUUGCUCAGCUGAUGCAUGGCUCCCGUGGCUCCCCCCUCCACCACCGCUCCUCAGCCCAGCACGGGGGCUCCAGGAUGGGCAUCUGCAGCCUGACGAGCUCCCCGCACCACCACCGCAGCUCCAGCGCCUCCCCACGCAGCUCCUCCUCCCUGCAGCGCUCUGUCAGCUCCUCGCCCUCUCGCCACGAGCACCGUGGCAGCGGGGGAGGGGGCUGCCUGGGCCGCAGCCGCUCGCCUCCCAGCUUCUCUGGCUCACCGCCUCCCCGCCGCUUCUACCCCCAUCAUCAGGAGACUUGCUGCAGCCGCCAGGCUCGCACGGGCCCCUUCCACCUGUCCAGGGGAAAAGGCUGCAGCCGAGAGGGAAAGUGUUCCAGCAAGCUGAGCAGAUAGUCGCCUACAAGGUUGCGCUGCCACAGCAGAGG